ACAGCCGUCUACGAGGACUGGUCGCUCGACCAAUCUGUUGCCUUCCUCAAGGAGCAGGGUGUCAAGGUCAAGAACUCGGAAACCCUUGCCGAAGUUCAGGCUCAAGUCGCCAACUACGCUGAUGCCGCUGCUACCUGGGGUGCUGCUGGCGCUGGCCGGGCUCAGGCCUACUACGAGGUCGGCAUGGACACCUGGGAGGAGUCCAAGUUGAGGCAAUACUUGCUCGAGCAGGGCGUCGUUUCUCCUCACUCCACCAAGGAGCAGCUCCUUGUUCUCGCCAAGCAGAAGGCUUCUGCCGCUUCCACCGCCGUUUACGGCAAGCCCACCGACCAGGCCGCCGCCUCCGCCCGAUCAGCUGCCAGCUCGAUCUCAUCUGCCGGCUCGUCAGGCUACAACGCCAUCUCCACUCAGGCCGCCUACGCCUCGGCCAAGGCCUCCAAGGUCCUGGACGACACCAAGGACUACGUCUUCUCCUCAUGGGACGACAACCAGCUCCGCACCUGGCUCGAGCAGAACAAUGUCAUUUCCACCCCCGCUCCCACCGGCCGCGCUGCGCUCCUCAACAACGUCCGGGUCGCUUACUCCAAGGCCACCGACCCCAUCUACCACGCCUGGUCUACCUCCAACAUCCACGAGUGGCUCGUCGAGCACGGUAUCGUACACCCCGAGCCUACCGCUCGCGACAAGCUUCUCGGCCUGAUGGAGCACAACUACUUCGACGUUAAGGACACCGCCUACUCCAAGUGGAACGAGAGCCAGAUGCGUGACUGGUUGAUCUCUGAGGGUAUCCUUUCUACUGACGCUGCUGCCCUUAAGAAGGAGAAGUACGCCACCCUGAUGGACGAGCACUACACCCGCGCCAAGUCCACCUACUGGAGCUCGUGGUACGAUUCUGAGAUCCGCGACUACCUUGUCCAGCACGGUUUCCUCAAGUCUGACGCCCAGGCCAAGCGCGAGGAGCUUGUCAACCUGGUCUCCAAGAAGUACAAGGAGUCCACUGCCGCCCCCUACCUUGCCUGGCCCGAUGCGAGGCUCCGUGCCCAGCUCCGCAGCUACGGCAUCGACGACACCAAGUACUCCACCCGCCCUUCUCUUCUCCACGAGGUCCGAAUCCACUACGUCCAGGCCGGCAACAAGAUUGAGCAGAUCCUCGCUGCUAUCCGCAACACCAUCUCCAGCGGUGUAGAGUUUGCCGAGGAGAAGCUGAGCUCCGUCCUUGACAUUCUCACCUCCGCCAAGCUUUCGCCCGAGGAGACUUUCGAGAAGGCCAAGGCUUCCGCCUCGUCUGCCCUCAUCGCCGCUGUCAGCUCCGCUUCAUCGUACGCUCAGUACGCCGGUGCCAGCGCUACCUCUGCUGCGUCGGUCGCUUCCGUUAGCGCUCAGUCUUCCGCCUCCUCUGCCUCUUCCGUCGCUUCGGUCGCUGCCAGCUCCAUCUCGAGCUCGCUCUCGUCCGCUGCCUCGGUCGCUGCUUCCUCCGCCUCCAAGUCCGCCAACCCCUCCUUGAGCAGCGCUGCGUCGUCGGCUUCCAAGUCGGCCACCUCCGCCGCCUCGUACGCUUCCUCUUCCGCCUCGUCGCUUGCCUCCUCGGCUUCGUCGGCCGCCUCGGUCUUCGCCCACUCCGCCUCGCUUUCGGCUUCGUCCGCUAGCAAGUCGUGGUCCGCCUCGGCCGUCUCUGCCGCCUCGGUCGCCUCGGCCUCCGCUUCGAGCGUAAGCAAGUCGCUCUCGUCCGCCUACUCGGUCGCGUCCAAGUCGGCCUCCAGCCUCUCGUCUGCCAGCCUCAGCAGCGUGUCUGCCGCGGCUAGCAAGAGCGCCAAGAAGGAGUUGUAA